GCUUUUUAUAUUACAACUAUUAAUUGGCAAACUCAAUGUCCUAACAUUAAGUGGGUAAAUCCAGUUAGUACUUGUUAUGCCUUAGAAGUGGCAGGCAGCCAUUUGGGAAGCUCAGGGUUCUUGCUUUCUGCAAAAUCCUUGGGGCUCUGCCAUUCACCAUGUCGGUGACGCCUAGAUGGAGCAGAAAGAAACCCCAUAUCCCUUUGCUUGCAGUUCUUCUCCUGGUUUUCAUAGCUUGUUCAAUUCUCUACAAUGAAUUCAGCAUUCAACAAAUCCAUGAAAGCCCGGAUCAUGCUCCUCACAGUCAAGAAACUUCAUUUACUUAUGUAAAACCAAAUCUUCCAAAAGGAGCUUCAGAGGUUUUGGAUAGAUUCAGUAGUUGCAACACUACAAGGAACUACAGCGGGAAGAAAAUCCAGUGGGUUGACCCGGAUGCAAAAUCGGGUCGGCGAAGCAGGGUAAACCAAGAGAGCUGUGAUGUGUUCUCUGGAAGGUGGGUGUUUGAUAACACAUCGUAUCCACUUUACAAAGAGUCCGACUGUCCGUAUAUGUCGGACCAGUUGGCAUGUCAUAAGCAUGGGAGGUCUGAUUUGCAGUACCAGUAUUGGAGAUGGCAGCCUCAUAACUGCAAUUUGAAGAGAUGGAAUGCAACUGAAAUGUGGGAGAAGUUGAGAGGGAAGAGGCUAAUGUUCGUGGGGGAUUCUCUGAAUAGAGGUCAAUGGAUAUCAAUGGUGUGUUUAUUACAGUCAGUGAUCCCUGCAAAUAAGAGAUCCAUAACUCCUAACGCUGAGCUUACCAUUUUCAGAGCAGAGGAAUAUAAUGCCACUGUUGAAUUUCUAUGGGCUCCACUUUUGGUUGAAUCUAAUUCUGAUGACCCAGUGAAUCACAGAUUAGCUGAACGAAUAAUCCGUCCAGAUUCAGUACUUAAGCAUUCAUCACAGUGGGAGCAUGCAGACAUACUAAUUUUUAACUCGUACUUGUGGUGGAGACAAGGCCCAGUUAAGCUGUUAUGGAGUGCUGAGGAAAAUGGAGCCUGUGAGGAACUCAAUGGGGUGGGAGGCAUGGAGUUGGCCAUGGGAGCUUGGGCAGACUGGGUAGCAUCUAAUGUCAUUCCCCUGAAGAAACGUGUCUUUUUUGUUACAAUGUCACCAACACAUUUCUGGAGUCAAGAGUGGGAAUCGCGAAGUGAUGGAAACUGCUAUAAUCAAAUGACACCAAUCACUUUGGAGGGCUACUGGGGGAGUGGUUCCGACUUGCCUACCAUGCGCAUGGUGGAUAAAGUGCUUUCCCGAUUGGGUUCAAAGGUAUCUGUCAUCAAUAUUACUCAGCUCUCAGAAUAUCGAAAAGAUGGGCACCCUUCCAUCUAUAGAAAAUUUUGGGAGACAUUGAGCCCCCAGCAAUUGGCAAACCCUGCAAGCUACUCUGAUUGCAUACACUGGUGCUUACCAGGUGUGCCUGAUGUGUGGAAUGAACUAAUAUUCCAUUUUUUGUAAAAAAAACAAAAUAAACAAUUGAAAUUAUUUUAGUGGCUUUACAUACAGCAAAUAGGAAAAGGAAGUUUAAUUGUGAAUUCUUCCCCAUUCCUGGAAUGGGAAUGACAAACUGUAUUUGCACUGAAAGGAUUGCUUAUAACACCUGAAAUUAUAUUUCUUUUGUCUAAAACCUGAAGCUCAGAGAGCAUGAACUCUCUUUGUUGUCUUAGUA